AUGGACUCGACCUCGACUCCGGCAUCAAGCUCUCCCGCUCCAGCACUCUCCGAGGACAUUCUGACACUUCCAAACGUUCUCACGAUCUUGCGAUUAGCUUCCACUCCCUUACUGGGUUAUCUCGUCGUUCAGGGUCACAUGGAGCAUGCGUGCGUGCUGCUGUUCGUAUCUGGCCUGACGGACGUGCUGGAUGGCUGGAUAGCAAGGGCAAGAGGAAGCUAUACAGUCUUUGGAAGCAUUGCUGAUCCUGCUGCGGACAAGGCGCUCAUGACCGUCAUGGUGUUGGCUCUAGCGUACCGCGGUCUAUUACCUGCUUCUCUCGUCGCAUUGAUUCUAGGUCGAGACAUUGCGCUGGUCAUCAGCGCUUUCUUUGUCCGGUACAGAACGCUUCCAGAACCAAAGACUUUUUCGCGCUACUUCAAUCCUCGCUUGCCCUCCGCCACAGUCACACCGACGCAACUUUCAAAGUACAACACCUUUCUUCAGCUAUUACUGGUGGGCGGGGCGACGCUCUUGCCCAUCACUCCCGAGUGGUUUCAAGAAGCCUCGCAGACGCCUUGGAACAUGUACAUGGCGCUCGUCGCCAUCACCACGGUAUGGAGCGGCUUGGGCUACUUGGGAGGCGGUGGAUCUGCUAAAUUUCUUGGCAACAAGGCGAGGGAAGUCGCUGCUAAGCGGUUCAAGGGCAGCAAGCAGGAUAAGUCGUGA